AUGGAGCCAAGGGCGGCCCAAGUGCGGAGGAGAGAAAAGCGAGGAAGACAGCAAGAGGACCGCCCCUCCAGAGAAGGGGAGCCCCACUCUGGGGGAAACACAGAGGUGCACAGAGGCCCAGAUUUGGUACAAUGGACCCAACAUAUGCAGGCUGUAAAGACACAGCUGCUGGAGCAAGCACAGGGCCAGCUGAUGCAGCUGCUGGAUCAGGCCAUGUGGGAGGCCAUUCAAGCUUACCCACCGCAAGACAGACCAGUGCCCUCCAUCCCUCCAGACUCCUUGCACAAGACCCGGGAGCCAUCCCUGGGGAAACGAAAAGUUUUCAUCAUCCGCAAGUCCCUGCUUGACGAGCUGAUGGAGGUGCCUCACUUCCGCACCAUCUACCAUAUGUUUGUCGCCGGCCUGUGCGUCUUCAUCGUCAGCACCCUAGCCAUCGACCUCAUUGAUGAGGGCAGGCUGAUGAUGGAGUUUGAUCUACUGACCUUCAGCUUUGGACAGCUGCCCUUGGCUCUGGUGACAUGGGUCCCUAUGUUCCUGUCCACUCUGCUGGUGCCAUACCAGGCCCUGCGGCUGUGGGAGAGGCCCCAGUCUGGAGGGGCCUGGGCCCUGGGGGUGGGCCUGGGCUGCUUGCUGCUGGCUGCCCACGCCGCCAUGCUCGGCAUCCUCCCGGUCCACGUGGCAGUGGACUAUCAGCUCCCGCCAGCCUCCCGCUGUGUCCUAGUCUUUGAGCAGGUCAGGCUCCUGAUGAAAAGCUACUCCUUCCUGAGAGAGACGGUACCAGGGACCCUUUGGGCCAGAGGAGGUGAGGGGAUCCGGGCCCCCAGUUUCUCCAGCUACCUCUAUUUCCUCUUCUGCCCCACACUCAUCUAUAGGGAAACUUACCCCAGGACACCCAACGUCAGGUGGAAUUAUGUGGCCAAGAACUUUGCCCAGGCCCUGGGCUGCGUGCUCUACGCCUGUUUCAUCCUGGGCCGCCUCUGUGUUCCUGUCUUUGCCAACAUGAGCCAGGAGCCCUUCAGCACGCGUGCCCUGGUGCUAUCCAUCAUGCAUGCCACCUUGCCAGGCAUUUUUAUGCUGCUGCUCAUCUUCUUUGCCUUCCUUCACUGUUGGCUCAACGCCUUCGCGGAGAUGCUACGAUUUGGAGACAGAAUGUUCUAUCGGGACUGGUGGAACUCAACAUCCUUCUCCAACUACUACCGCACAUGGAACGUGGUGGUCCAUGACUGGCUCUACAGCUACGUGUAUCAAGAUGGGCUUUGGCUCCUUGGUGGCCGGGCCCGAGGCGCAGCCAUGCUGGGCGUGUUCCUGGUCUCAGCAGUGGUCCAUGAGUACAUCUUCUGCUUCGUCCUGGGAUUCUUCUACCCCGUCAUGCUGUUGCUCUUCCUUGUCUUUGGAGGGCCACUGAACUUCACAAUGCAUGACCGGCGCACGGGCCCAGCGUGGAACGUGCUCAUGUGGACCUUGCUCUUCCUGGGCCAGGGCAUCCAAGUCAGCCUGUACUGCCAGGAGUGGUAUGCACGGCGCCACUGCCCCCAGCCCCAGACAACCUUCUGGGGGCUGGUGACACCUCGAUCUUGGUCCUGCCAUACCUAA